CAGGAAACACCGACGUCAGAUUCGCUUGAUAAGCGACGGAAAAUUAUUCAUUCGCAGUUGAAUGUGGACGAGGCAGGGAAUCGUGUGUUUGUUAAUGACACAUCACUGAUAGGAUACAGACCCUCUUUUGGUGGGAGUCCUCUGCUCCUACAAAGAAAUUGCCAGUCUACCAUGACAAUUACCUCAGAGAGAUUGAGACAGGAUGUCAGAUGCUGAUGAGAGCAAGCCAACUACUGCAGAGCAGGUUUCGUCAACCACACACAGUGACAAAACACCAGAUAACAAGGACACUGUACACCCGACCUCAGAGGAAAGUGUAGGUAAAAGUGACCAUAAAACAUGUGAUUCUCAAGCAAAUGAAAAUGGAACAGAUCAGAAGGAAAGGAAUCAACCAGACUUCUCAGAGUCACAUGACUAUGAACUGAUCAAUGGGCAGUAUUAUUACACAGACAGUUCAUCGGGGCAGAGGUAUAUGUAUGAUGCAAAUAAAAGCGAGUGGGUUGCAGUGGAUGCCUCUGAAGAGAAACAAGACCAGCAGGUUACUGUAGAUGAUGAAGGAAGAACGUACUAUUAUGCAGAUGAUAUGCAUCUUUGUAGAGACCCACAUGGCAAUGUAUUUUACUGGGAGGAAAAUGAAUGGAAACCAUGGACACAGAAGGCCCCUGCAAAAUCUGAUUCAGCCAGUGAAAAGAAGGACUCAAAGUGGUACUUUUAUCAGGGGGAUGAUACCUUUUACAGAGAUAACACGUCAGAUGUUGUGUACAAGUUGAACAAGGAGACCAAUGAGUGGCAGGUACAUGAGGGGAAACUCAAGAAGAAGAGGCCGCGCAUUGACGAGGAAGAGGAGUUUGACACCGAAUCUGAAGAUUCUGAUGAAGAGGAAGGGGAUGGCACGGCUCCUCCAGGGGUGAAGAAUGAUCCCAACAUAGAAUAUGAUGGAGUAACCUACACCAAGCGUGACCCAAGUGACAACAUGGUGUAUGAGUGGGAUGUAAACAGACGAGCAUGGUUCCCAAAGUUAGAUGAAGACUUCAUGGCCACCUAUCAGCUGUCUUACGGGUUUAAUCCCGAUGGCACAAAGAAUGAGAAUCCAUAGAGUCAGUGGAUCUCGCACUACAAAUUCUUGAUGGAUAUCAGGUUGGAAAUAAGAUGAUCAGAGUGGAACGAGCAAAAUUUGAGCAGAAAGGUGAAUACAAUCCGAAACUCAGGCCACCCAAAAAGAAAAAAAAGGAUCUUGAAAAGAUUCAAAAACAACAGCAAAAGUUGUUUGACUGGAGACCAGAACCUCUUCGUGGCCAAAGGCAGAAGCAUGAAAACACUGUUAUAAUAAAGAAUGUGUUUGACCCCAAGGAGUUUGAGAAGGUGAUAGAGAAAAUGCUCACGCACAAGGAGGCAAUCCGCAACCAGUGUUUGAAUUUUGGUCAUGUGAGGAAAAUAGAGCUGUAUGAUCUUCAUCCUGACGGUGUUGUGCAAGUGGUAUUUCAAGAAGUGGAAGCAGCUGACAUGUGUGUAGCGACGCUGAACAACCGUCUGUAUGAAGGACGCACACUACAGGUCGCAACAUGGGAUGGCAGAACAAAAUACAAGACUGGAGAAGUGGAACCAAUUCUUGGAAAGUGAAGAGGCCAAAAGUUAGGAGCUUCAGAGAGCAAAAGAGUAAAUAACAAAAGUGUAAUUCAGUGCCGAAUGUCUCUACCCUUAAUAAUUUACUAAGCUGUUUGUAUCUUGUGGACUUUUUUUUCCCCCAAUUACAUCUUAGAUAUUUAUAUUG